AUGAUCGCCACUCUUAAAGCUGAAGAGCAAAACCAGCUACAGCUGGUGGAACGAGAAGAAAUGGACGACGAAGACGACUUGUUCGAAGCCAUCGACAAGUUGAUCAAUCAAGGUAUUAAUGCUGGGGAUGUCAAGAAGCUUCAAGAUGCAGGUAUCUACACCUGCAAUGGCUUGAUGAUGUUCACGAGGAAGCACUUGACUGGAAUCAAAGGAUUGUCUGAGGCUAAAGUUGACAAGAUAUGUGAAGCUGCUGAAAAGAUAGUGAAUUAUGGUUAUAUAACUGGAAGCGAUGCUCUGCUCAAAAGGAAAUCUGUGAUUCGCAUCACAACUGGAAGCCAAGCCCUGGAUGAACUCUUAGGAGGUGGAAUUGAGACUUCUGCUAUCACAGAAGCUUUUGGGGAAUUCCGGUCCGGGAAGACACAGCUUGCUCAUACUCUUUGUGUCUCUACACAGCUUCCUACAAACAUGCAUGGUGGGAACGGAAAGGUUGCUUACAUUGAUACUGAAGGAACUUUCCGACCUGAUAGAAUUGUCCCUAUCGCUGAAAGAUUUGGAAUGGACCCAGGAGCUGUCCUUGACAAUAUCGUUUAUGCCCGCGCAUACACUUAUGAACAUCAAUACAACUUGCUUCUUGGUCUUGCUGCAAAAAUGUCUGAAGAGCCUUUCAGACUUCUGAUUGUUGAUUCUGUUAUUGCUCUCUUUCGGGUGGAUUUUACUGGAAGGGGAGAACUUGCAGAGCGUCAGCAAAAAUUGGCACAGAUGCUGUCUCGGUUGAUAAAGAUAGCUGAGGAAUUUAAUGUUGCAGUCUACAUGACCAACCAAGUCAUAGCUGACCCAGGUGGAGGAGUGUUCAUAUCAGAUCCAAAAAAACCAGCAGGAGGGCAUGUGCUUGCCCAUGCAGCCACUAUCAGGCUGAUGUUCAGGAAAGGCAAAGGUGAACAACGGGUCUGCAAGGUGUUUGAUGCCCCAAAUUUGCCUGAGGCUGAAGCUAUAUCCUUAAUCUCGAUACCAUUCACAAGAAAGCAAUUUACAUUACGGCCUCAGACAACUGAAGCAGGCCCGCUUCUUAGGUCUCGGCUGAAACUAUACCAUCAAUUUUUCAACGACGAUUCUAAAAAUAUUUUCGACCAACUCAAGUUUGCCAGAAUUUUAAAGUGGGCUCACUUUGCUCAUACAACAUUAUUCACCGAUGCUUUGAUAAGUUCUCCGGGGGACCGCCAGGGGGAGCGGUCUGUGGGUGGGGGUGGGAGGAGGAGGGUACUAAGAAAAAGGAUUUCGCAAGGAUCUAAAACCUCAAACCCAAUCCCUUUUGGGGGCCAAAUAUCUACAGUUGGUGCCAAAGAAGAAAAGAAGUCAGCAUUUAGAAGGAAUCCAGUGUUAGGAAUUACGGAAGAAAUGGACUGA